AUGGACGAGUAUUCACAAGAUAUUGAAGCGCAUAAAAGGCGCGUAAGUCAGAUGUUGGACUAUAACAGUCAGUUCUGGAAAAGAGUCAAGGAGAAUACGCGCGCCACCAAGACAUUGUUCGAAAUUGAUCAUUCGAUCAAUUACAACAAGAUAAUACCAACAUCCCCUGGUAUUAUCGAAAAUUCAAUAUACACACAUCUACAAGACCAAAAGGCCGACAACCCCAUAAAUCCCAAAAUAAAGCGCAAAAGGGGUAAUCUCCCCAAAGCAACCACUGCUCUACUAAAAGAGUGGCUCUCACAACACAAAAAACAUCCUUAUCCCACCGAGGAUGAGAAGAUGGCUCUUGCGAGGGGAACGCAAUUGAGCUUGCAACAAAUAAGCAAUUGUGAGGUAGACAUGUAUCCCUGUGGCUCAACAGGAGAUAAUAUCCCUAAUCACAUUGCUUUAAAACAACGCACACCCAAGCGUAGAAGAAAAAGCAUUUAUACACAUAGAGAAUUUGUAUUAGAAACUAUUCAGGAUUUUCGAGUUUAUGGAUUAUCUGAACAUUGUCCAAGAUAUCGAACACAAGAUUUAUAUCCGGAAGGAUCUUAUUUAUUGCUAUUACCACAAGAACUGAAUAAAACUUUUACUGAUUAUAUCAUAGAUAUUUGA